AUGGAAUCCCAGUGGUUUGAUCAGACUACUGAUAAUUGGAAUGGGGGUUGUGAUCAUCAGAAUAACACAGAAAACAAUGUGGAUUUGACUCUGAAAUUAGGAUUGCCAGAUGAUCAUGAUGAUCAACCACAAUUUGAGCAAUACUUUAGGUCUAAUAGGGCCCUCAAGACCCAUCAACCAGCCAUCCUCAGCUUCAAUGCUCCUUACUCACAGGGCACAAAUCAUCAAGAUAUGGCUAAUGCUGGUUUAAAUCACCAUGGGAGGCUUAAUGGAGACAAUCUUCAUGGAUCUUGGCCACGGGAGAUGAUGGGGAACCAUCCCCAUUACAUGAAUACUCAAUAUGCUGCUGAUUCUGCAGUGGGAUCUGCUGCUUACCCCAAGUCCUACAGUUGCAUCAACAGCAAUCCUGGUACCUUUCAAAUACCAACGAUGAACGGUCGAACACUCCUCAACACAGUAGCUAGGGAUGGUGAUCCUGGUGAGAUUGGAAGUUCCUCUGGUUCACGUAGAACCUUUAUUGACCAUAAUAAGAGGUGCAGUAACCGGAGUUGCAACACCGAUGACACACCGAUGUGGCGCAAAGGCCCCCUUGGUCCCAAGACACUCUGUAAUGCAUGUGGGAUCAAGUACAGAAAGGAAGAGGAGAAAAGAAGGGCUAGAGAAGCCGCCCGACGGUCUAACGGCAUUUAGAACGUUUAAAGAGAGCAAUUGCGGCUUCAUCUUGUUAAAAGUUAUACUAUUCAGGGAUGAUUUGCCCUAUCAUGUUUUAUAAUCCGAAAUUUACUUCAAGACAUUCAUGCUGGAAGAAGUGAAAACCAU